AUGUCACUAUUUGACAGCCGUGGUGUGAGACAAAAUAGGUUUAACCUCCGUCACUGGACAAGUUUCGGUACACAGCGUGAUCGCUACCUGCAAGUGAAGAAGGGCUACAAAACUUCACAUUCUGACAGCGAACAUCAUGCUACUUUUUCCAAACUUUACUGCCAUCUAUCUCUCGUGAUCAACUUUCACCGAACCGUUCUAGAGUAUUGUGUCUGGCUCAGUCAUGAACAGCAAAACGGGAGUCAAGAAACGCGAAACAGCGGAAACGAUGAUAGUCAGGCACCCGGGUUUGAGUUGACGAUACCUGCUGAAAAAGGCUACUAUCACCUAGCAACUCAUGAAACUACGAGUGUAAUCAGACCUUUUCGGUCCUCACACUUCGGGGAUAAAUGUGGUCCUGCUUUGAAUUCCUCGGCCCUUGAAAGGACGGCUCAAAUUCAAGUGUGCGCUGAUGACGCAAUGAUCUGCGCUCUCGUGGAUCCACUCGAUGCUUUGUUUCAACAGACUUUGCCCUCGAAACUUCUUACAACUGAUGUUUCUGACGCGUUCUAUGCCAACAGACUGCUCUGGUUGUGGAUGGCUUCUGGCAAUCGAUCGUCGGAGUCAGGCAACAGUUGCGUGCAUGCUGCGGGGGGACUAGGUUUCCAGCUGCUUCGCCGAGGGAUUAGUGCGGGUGCGGGUGAAUAA